GUUCUACAAGUUGAAAUUGCUUAUAAGGAGUGCUAAGUGUCCUAAUAAGUGGUUGAGAGACACAUCACCAUCACCAAAAAGUGCACAUAUACCCUUAUGUGCACGCCCGGGGGAACGCAGUAGAGAAAAAAAAAUGAAGAUGCAAUUGCAGUGCACGACGUCGCUAUUGACGCGUCCUGUUCGUCCGACAGCACGACAAGUGAGUGCGUGGCCAAGGGGAACAUCGUGUUCCUGCUUCAAUUUCGUAUGUAGUGCUCCACAUCCUCGUGGUCGUGAUUUUUCGUCUUCAACCUCCACAACAGCAGCUACCACAGUUGCAGCAGGUCCUAGUACCAGCACGACGAGGACAACGACUACAAAAAUUUCUACAACCUCCACAACAAAGCAUCAGCGAAACAAUGACGAGUGGUGGCUUAAGGCUCAAGCUGGAGGUCGCGUCUCAGGAGCAGUGUCAUCAUCUUCUGAGCAGAACGAGCAGGAGUCUAUUGAUUAUUUACAACAAUCACAAGCAACAGCAAGCGGACAACGAACGCAGCGACACCAGCGGCAAGGGCAUAGAAGAGGUGAUUUUGGAAACCAAUCACAAAGGCAGUGGCAGGAUAAUUACAAUAAUGUUGGUUACUCAAAAGGACAGAAGUUGUCCCCGCAAAGACAUCAGAAGGAGCAGUGGCAUCAUCAGCGAAAACAAGAGCUGUACCACGCACAUCCGACAACGCCGUCUACAUCUUCAUCGUCACUCUGGAACCGCACGCGCACAUCAGUUCCUCCGUCCAAUGCAAGCACUACUCCUGCAGAUGAAGAUGGCGCACCAGCACCUGUAAAGUACACCAGUACUAGCAUGCCCUCAAUGGUUGUUGUGCCCGGCAAAAUCUAUACUGGAAUCGUAUCACAGACAGCUGUGAGGCACGGAAGAGGGAAGAUUUCAAUGUUGGAGGAGGAGUCUGAUGAAACACAUGGAGCUGGUGGUCAACAAGGAGGUAUAAGACAGACUAUACGAGAAGUCCCAUUUGAUUUCUCUAAACUCUUGAGUGAAAGGGUGGCACGUAAAGGAGAUCGGGUCUCCUUUCAGCUAGAGGCAGUGCGCAAUGGGAACGGCGCUGGAAAUGAAGGUGAUGUGGUGGAAUACCAAGCAGUGGCGGUGGAUGUUAAGGCUGCUAGCAUGAGUCGUUUUCGAUCCUCUUACUCUUACAGUAGUUACAGAAGUUAGUAGGGACUAAGUUUCCAGUUGUUAUUGCAAGGGAAACAAGAGCUCCCCCUUCCGAGGACACUGAGGAUUUCUUCUAAUAUACGAGCUACUGGAGAAGAUGACACGACGAGGAAACACAAAGAAACGGACGGGGGUGACCGCAUAAAUGCACAUGUCGUUCGCGAAUUGUCGCAGAAACUGGACUUCACGAUUGCUGCACUUGAAGCAGAGGUCCUCGCCUGCAAGAUGGAACAGGCUCAAACUACCAUUGCCAUGAAAGAGCUCACGCAGAAGUUUCAUCAGCUUGCUGAGACGUUGACACGGGAAAAAAAGCAACUUUCUGAAGCUUUUGAGGUAGAAAGAGAGGAGAACAGAAGGAAACUUGCGGAACUAUCACAGGCCUACGUGGACGGCGUGUCAUUCAUGGUUAAGGUGAAAAGUGAAAAUUCUUCUUGUAUAUCAUUUUAUCUUUUCUUGGUGACCCGUCCAUGUUGCACAACAAGUACCAUGCGUUUGCGUCUAGCAAUUACGAUCACAUAAUCCUCCAUGACUCGUUUAACGCUAUCGUUUAGAGAUAUCUCACUUGUUGAUCAUGUGCCUGCUCUCUCAUACACAUUCCGACAUUGGCGAAGGAAGCUGCGCGUCACAACCACAACACCACGAAGUCUCCUGUGCAAGGGGAAGAUGAGCGUACUAGUAGCACAAGAAGUACAUCUGGUUCUGGCGUUGACGACCUUGACACGAUCAACUACCGAGGAGAAGAGUCUGAUCUGCCUGCAGACGGUAUGUGGUCGAAAAUUAGGGGGAAACUUGGGGGCUCAUGACUGUUUUCGAUGUCUUCAUAAAAACUGUUUCUUGUAAGAUGUACUACCAACUGGUGCUUCUAUUGGGCCGGCUCUUCAUAGUAAUCAUUGUCUUUAUCUGGUGGUUACACCAACUUACAUCACUAUCACACAACAUCACAUUCACUUUCACUUCAGCGGUACGGAUUUCCUUAACCACGCUGGACAAGAAUUUUCGCGCAUGAUAAAAACUCUCAUGAAAAUUUCUUACGCGUGACUCCACGAGCACGUGACGGUCCACGGAGGACGUUGUCUGGAUAUAUUAAGUAGGGGCUACAUCAAGAUCAAAGGCGAGCAGAAGCACCAUGCGACGGACUUGAUUAGUGGUUAUUUUUUUGGAUGACUUGUUGUAGUUCUAGUUUGUUG